AUGGGAUAUACCCCAUCGUUGUUCACUCGCUCCCCCAGCUCUCCGACAGUUGAUAUCACCAAGUUCACUUCAGUUUUUCAGACAAUUUUAACGACACUUAAGAUGGUGGCAGGGAUUCCCCCGAGGGAUAAAGGAGCAGGCUGUGGGACAGCGAGGAGUAACCUACGCCUGGCCACCAGCACUGCACGGACGUACCUACCAGGUACCACCGAUCCCCCUUCCCCGCAUGACCAGUGUCCAGAGCUCCAGAGAAACAGAGAGGACUUCCCUGCUUCGCUAGACAAACUACAGCAGCUGAUAAAAGACAAAGUACAAGUCCUACAAUCCCCAUUCACUGAGGAGCAACAGGGUUCGGUGUGUGAGGAGAACACAGGGAGAGGAGGACUGUGGACGUUUGCCCUUUUGAGUAAGAAGCUGACCUUUCACCUCCAGCAGCUGCAGAGACAGACCGAGCAGGAGCUCAGCAACAUACACACACAACUGCUGCAGAUUGAAGGCCGCCAGAAGCUGUUGACAACCGAGCUUUUUCAUCUUCAGGAGAAGAAGAAACGGACAGAACGAGAGCUGCAGAGAAACUCCAGCCUUCAGACGUCUGCUUUUCAGCUGUGUGUUUGUCGGGAGCUUCAGGCCUCCGUCAACGAGCGUUUACUCCAAUCGGAGAGGUUGUUGUUCCAAGAGGAGGCACUGAGCGCGCUCCGUAACCUGCUGAGCCAAGACCUGCAGAGGUACCAGGAAGAGACGCAGAGACUGACCUGCUUCACACGGAAAAUACUCAAACAAUCCCACAGGUCCGACCCAGAGGAAACGUCCAGCAGCAGACAGAGUGACUGCAGCAUGCAGGGAAAGAACGAGCCAGAGCAAGAAAACAACAUGGAGUCUGAAUUUGAUUCGAACAAGCAGUCCGACAGCCCGUCAGAGGAGGAGCCCACCACACCCCGAGCUGUGCCGACCAGCCAGAACCCCAAGUAUCAGCUGUACCUCAGCAAUGAGCACAGGACCAACGGGUUGAGUGGCAGGGAUGCAGAUGGUCCGGGAGGCGGCGGGACGGUGGGGGAGAACGGCCCCAGGCUGACAUGGGAGACCAACCGGCUGGGCAUGAACCACUUUAAAGGGUCCCUGGAGUCCCUGGCCUCGCGGGACUGGGACACGACGCCUGACAGGUGGGGUGUUGUUGACAGCCCUCCCAGGGUGUUCAACAGUCCAUACGCCACGGCCACCUCCAUGGAUUACAACCCCAUGUACCGAAUGUCUGAGUUCAAGGGUCAGGGUGGACUGUCUCCUUCCACCUCAGAGAUGAACAUGUACAGCUACAACAGUCGCAGCACCAGUCCAGUGGGCAUGGGCAUGGGCACAUCCACCCUCAUCAGCUCCCGCCCCCGAUUCUCCGCCUACGACACUCUGGUGAAGAGGAGGGCCGAGGUCAACAACCCCGUUGUACCGACCCACUACAGCAUGCGCUCUGCCACUCUGGGGGCGCCCAAUAAAAAAGACUACAUAGAGGAGUUGACCAAACAGCUGGAUGCCUGCCAAAAGCGUAACCAGUUCCUGGAGGCAGAGAGUGUGGAGAUGGAGAAGGAGAGGAACCAGAUAAGGUUUGAGAUGCGGGGCCUGCUGGUGAACAACGAGGACCUGCUGAGGACCAACACUCAGCUGACCAACGAGAUGAAAAGGAUGCGAGAGCAGAUGAUAGAGAUGGAGAGAGAGAACCAAUCCAUGGGCGAGAGAUACCGAGAGAUGGAGAUUGAGGUGAAGCAGGCCCGGGACAUGAUGGUGGAGGCCAACACUCAGGAGUACGCCUUCAAUUACCUUCAGCAGUCCCUCAACAACAAGAUCCAGGACACCGAGGCGAACCUGGAGAAGCAGACGCAGCACGCCAAGACGCUGUCGGAGAAGUUGUGGCUGGUAGAGAGACAGCUGGAGGAGAUGGAGGUGGACAGAGACACCAGAGACAAGAGGUCAUCUGACCUCAACAGCUCCAUCCAAAGACUGGAGACAGAGCUGGCGGAGGCCCAGCAGGUGUCCACGCAGGCUACAGCCGAGCUGAGCCUGCAGCAGAAGCUGCGGGAGGACGGGCAGCUGCGGGUGGAGGAGCUGGAGGAGUCUCUGCUGGAGAAGGAGCAGGAGCUGCAGAGACUGCAGCUGCUCGUCAGCAGGCUGCAGGGAGAGGUCUCUGGUAAGCUGAUUGAUAAGGAGCAGACGCUGGAGGAGGAGAUCCAGCUGAGAGAGAGGAUCCAGCUGCAGUGUAAGCAGGCGGAGAGGAUGGUAGAUGACCUCCGCAUGGAGCUGCACAGCACCAACCAGGCCAAAGAUGACCUGGCCAAACAAGUCAAACAGGCUCAGGAGAAGAUGAUCGACCUGGAGAGUGAUCUGGAGGAGCUGCAUGAGAGCGAGCAGAGAUGGGCCGCUAAACACAAGAGAAGUAUCGAACAGACCGAGCAGCUUCAGCUGAAGCUGAUUCAGGAGAAAGAUCUCAACGACCAGCUGGAAACUGAGAAGGCCACCAUGGAGAGACAGCUGCGUGAGCUGCGUCUGGAGGUGGAGGAGCUUCACAGCUCCAGAGUUCAGGAGGACGUCAUCUCCCGGGCGGAGAGCAGAGUCAAAGAGCUGGAGAACACUCUGAGGACAGAGGAGAGGAACAAGUCUGUUCUGACAAACACCAUCAGUAAACUAGAGAGGAGGAUCAACGAGCUGAGCGAUCAGAUGGAAGAGGAACACCGGAUAGCUACAGAGCAGAAAGACCUGAUGACCCAGAGGAUGCGCUCUCUGAAGCGCCAGCUGAACGAGGCGGAGGAGGAGACGAGCAGGAGGGAGGCGCAGUACCGCCACACCCAGAGAGAGCUGGCCGAGGAGAGGGAGACCAACAGCCGGCUGCAGAGGCAGCUGCUCGACCAACACCUGCAGACAAAGCGUAAGGAGACUCUGACGAUCCGUCAGACUCUGGACAACCUGAAGUUGGACCUGAGCAUCGACGACGAAGAUGACGAUCAUCUCACAAACAAUGUCUCCAAAGUGUAAACCCUCAUACACCACGCCUUCUUUACACUGACAGUGCAGUUAGGGUGUGUGGUGACAGGUGGGACUUUCUCUAAACCUGGCACACCCACUUUACUACAGUCAGAGACAGGAGGCAUCUGCAGGUUGAACAAGACUACAUCCAUUCUUCCAGAAAAGAAGCAUAAAUGCUCAGUGUUGGGGAAGGUUACCUUUCCUAAAUGUAAUAGGUUUAAAGAUGACUAGUUAACCUGAAUUUGUGGACACAGAAUUCCCACCGAAUUACACAUUUUUAAAAAGAUAAAAUACAGCUCAGAAUGUUAACACAUCUGCACCUCCUGCAGAAAAACAGUCUGCUAAAGUCUGCAGAUUUUCAUUCUGGAUCACCGCUGAAAACUGUAAAAAUAAAAAAAGAAGCAGAUUCCGUUUGGGUCUGGUAAUAGGUACCGUUCCUAUUUUAAUUAAUUUAAUAAAGUAAUGUAACAUAUGACAAUUGAUUACUUUUUGAUUACUUGUCUAAACAAAUGUUUGAAGGCAAGGCAGACUUAUGGCAGUUUUUACAAAUAGCUUUCUCACUCAUUGUCUCUGAUGCCAUCUCAAUGGAAAGAACGAUGCUGCUCAUGCUGAGAUUACAGGAGAGCCAUCGAUCCAUCUUGUCAGUGGACAGUAACCGUAAACUUUAUUCCUCCGUAUUGUUUUUUUUAAAAUGUCACACUGAUCAUGUGUGAUGUAAAUUAGAGGCAGUGUCGCAAAGCGGUCGACUGCAACGCUGAAAAACGACUAAUAAUGUUUAAAUGUACAUACAAGCUUAUUUAACAUUGAAAAUAACUAUAUCUAUGCUCCUCACUAUUAGGCUUUGGGGUCACUCGCAGACAGUAUGAGAAACGGAUUUGAAUUUUAAACUAAAAACAUGAUAUUUUACCAAAUCUAUGAGGUAUACUGAUCUACAGUAUAUUCUCUAUAUAUUCUCUAUAAUUAGGAAUUACAAAUCCCAAAGAGCAGUGUAGAGAGAAGCUCCUGGUGGACUCAGGCCCAUUGUCGUUGCACCUUCCAACACUGAAGUCAAAUGCCUCUUUUGACAUGUUGAGCGUCACCGCUCUUCUUUUCUAUUACAUAGAAUAUUACAUGCAAUCACAUUCGGCUCGUUUGCCAAAGAAAGUUAAUGUACAGAAGUUUGGUGCAGACAGAUGCUGACAGACCUAAAAGAAAAAUGUACUAGUGACUUAAAUUCAUAAAGGUGCAUUGUAAUUUUUUUUUUUUUUGUGUUCUUGUAGUUGCUGUUAAAAUGAGGUUUAAACAGCCUGAUGUAAAUUUUGGAGUGUGAAUUUCCAAUUGCACAAAAAGCGCUAUGGCCUUAAAGUCUGAACGGAUACUUUUAACUGCAACACACUUCAUUUUAGAAAAGAAAGUCAGACACUCAAAGAAUCGCUGGUUCUUGGUAAAUUUGACAAACUUCUCUGAUUUGGCAGAGUUUGUUUUUAUUUGCUGGAGCUUUGGUUUUAGUGCUUUUUAUAAGGAUUUUCCAUGUUAGAGGCUGUUUGGUUUAGCGUGUGUGUAACGCAUUCAUCUGCACUAUAUGAACAUAUUUCACGCUGGUUGUUGACAUAUCACACGGUAAUGACACAUAACUGCAGAGGAGGGAUCUUUGGAUGUGACUGUAGCUGUCACUGACAAAAAAAACAAUUAAGAGUUGAGAAAAGUAAGAUUAUUUAUAUUUUUGUGUUUGUUAUUUUUCUGAUUGAAUUUUCUGUAUUUUUCCAAUUACUUGUGGGGCAAAAAACUAUUUUAGAGAAUGAAAUGUAUGAUUUUAGAGUUUAGUUUCCGGUAUUUAGCAGGCUUGCUGCUGUAUUGAGGAACUUACUGUGCCUCUCACAUACAGUAUCUGUCCAUGAGUUAAGAUUUAAG